AUGGGCACUGUGCUGUUCCAGGGGUCAGUGUCAUUCAAGGACAUGGCUGUGGGCUUCACCCGGAAAGAGUGGCAGCAGCUGGACCCUGCACAGAGGACCCUGUACAGGGACGUGAUGCUGGAGAAGUACGGGCACCUGCUCUCCGUGGGCUGUGAAGUCACCAAGCCAGCCGUGAUCUCCAGGUUGGAGCAGGGGGAGGCACCGUGGAUGCAGGAGGAGGACGUCCUCAGGUGGAGCUGUGCAGAAGAAAUUUGGCAAGUUGUUAACCAAGUAGUUAGACAACAGCGACACCAACACAUUUCAUUCCUAGAUAAGAAAUCAUUGACCAAAGAGGGGCACCAUGAAUGUAAAGCAUGUGGAAAAACAUUCUGUCAGAACACAAAUCUUGUUUCUUCAAGACCGUCAGUCUAUCAGUGUGACUCAUAUGGGAAAAGUUCAAAAUGUCAUGCAGACUCACUUAGCUCUGACACCUACCUUGCAAGAAAGAAAUUUGAGUUUAAUGAACAUGGGAAGUUAUUUCUCUAUUCUAAGCUUGAAAAUGCACAUUCUGGAGUGCAUCCCUGUGAGUGUAGCCUGCGUAUAACAUCUUCCACCUGUGACUGAACUCUCAAUACAAAUCAAGGAGGUGACAGUGGUGAGAAA